AGAUCAGCAAGAAAUUUAUCUAUCAGCUGAUGCAGGCUUUGGAAAAACUUCUUUCUCAAAAUAUCUUGCUAUCACGUGGUGUCAGGCUCAUUGUCACGAUGAAAACUACGCCUGUUUUAAGGAUGACGAGUUAAAGACGUUAUUUGACUUUAAGUUCUUAUUUUUGGUUUUAUUAAGAGACUGUACCUCUGUUUGUAACAUUGACGAUAUGAUUGAACAGCAAAUUACUAAGAAACUUCCUUCAUCAACAUCACUAGACGAAGUUUUAUGUAAAGAAAAAUGCUUGAUUGUAUUGGACGGUCUUGAUGAAUGGACUCACCCAGAUAACAGUUGUUGCGAAGUCACAGAAAAAAUCCCACAUCGGUACGUACGUGAUAAUUGCGUUAUCCUAACAACAACUCGACCAUGGAAGCUUGGAGUUUCAAAUCUCAAAACAAGUCAAAUAAACAAAAAAGUAGAAUUGGUUCAAUUAAGUGCAAAUUCUACGCGGCAAUUGGAGGAAAAUGCUAUAAGAAAAAUGACAGGUAUCCAUAACGAUAGAGUAUUGUAUCGUAAAACACGGAACUUUAAUAAAGUGAUACGUGACCGUGGCCUAAAGCACAUGCAAGUGAUUCCACUCCUUCUCAUGUAUAUAGUUUGCUUAUGGUGCAACAACAUUCCUAUAGGAAAUUCAAAACAUGAAAUUUACACCAAUAUCAUUGAAUUUCUAUUAGCGAGAACGUCAAAGAAACACCCGGAAGUUCAACCAUCUUGUGAAUCGUCUGCCAGUGAAGUUCCAGAUUACUUCAAAAGUCAUGAAUUUUGUAAAAGGUUUUACAGUCUUAUAACAUCAUUAGCAGAAUUAGCUUACCAAACAUUAUUUAACGAAACCAGGGAAAACACGCUUGUAUUUGAUAGAACGAUUGCUGAAAAAUAUAUUAAAGCGGACGACAUGAAAUUAAGUCUUCUCUCAGGAAUAAUGUCUGAAAGUAGAAGUAAAACAUUAAUCCAAGAAAUAAUCAAAGUAUCGUUUUCUCACAAAUCAGUGCAAGAAUUCUUUGCUGCAAUAUUUAUAAGUUCUCAAAUUGACGCUCAUAAGACUGUUGUAGAAAAAUGUAAAAAUGUGCACGACAUUCUGAACAUGUCCGAUGUUUUUGAAUUUAUAUGUAAAAUGAAUGCUGACCGGAUGUAUGCUAUAUCAAAUGAUUUGAUGUCUGUGAUAAAUGAAGACAAGGAAACAUACGACUAUAGAACUAGGACAGGCCAUGAGAACAUGUACAAUAAUCCAUUGUAUAACAUACAGAAAAAGUUCGUGUCGUAUUUAGAAAAAAUGCCUGAAAGUGAAAAUAUUCAGUUAUGUUUACAAGAUUUCUUCAUUAACAAGGACACCGAGGACAGUGCGCAGUUACAACGUUUGUUAAAACAAAAUAAAACCAACAUAAAAUCACUUUAUAUAAACAUCAGCGAUACUGACGGCAGUUUACGUGAAAUUAUAGAUUUAUUCUCUCUCACAGAUCUCAGUCAUAUACAGAAACUUUAUUGUUGGGGUGGAAUGAAGGAGGCUGAGAUAAAUCGGAUAAUGUUUUCCAGUUUACAGAACGUAUAUUUGUGGAGAGGUACAUGGACAAAUGCUGAGAAAAAUCUAAGUAAAAACAUGUCGCGAUUACCAUACCUACAAUAUUUAUAUAUUAACCACUUCACGUUAUCUCACACAAUACUGGAUACAUUUUUCAACUUUAUCUCCGGUCAAAAAUCAAUGAAAGAGUUAAGAUUGUUGAGCUUAGAUUGUAAAGAACAUGGCGGCAAUGAUUGUAUAAGAUUGAACUUGGACGUGUCUACACAUUCAAAUCUAUCAAAUUUAUAUUUGGAGGAAUUACCUUGGAGGCUACAAUUAAAUAUAUCAGCACCGUCAUUAGUUUAUGUUAGGUUGUGGGGAAUCAAUCUAGAUGAAAGUUCAUUGUUACUGUCACGUGACAUAUUGAAUAUUGAACGUGUGGUGCUAGGACAUAUAGAAAUGUCUGCAGGGAAUUUACAGAACUUUAUUUCCGUGCUUGAAAAUCUGCCACAGUCAGUUUCAAUAUUGAUGUCCGCCAUAAAACCGAAAAUAGAAUAUGAACGUAUUAGAGAAAAUAUUUUGAGUUCACAAACAUUUCUUGUGAUAAAUGACGGAUGGUUGGAGAACUUUGAGUUCAUAACAAUAAAAACAAGCAAGGAAUAGACAAGAAAAAACAUUGUAAAAUAACUUUAAGAAAUUUCUUCAAUAAUUUUAGAUAAUCAAAUAGAUAAAAACAGAAUCCCUAAAGAAAGCCCAACACGGCAAAAUUGAAAAUGUUGCAGGCUCGGUUUGAUUGAGCCUGUUCAUGGACGGUACUGGAAAGUGCAAGUUACCGUCCACGCCCCCUAGCACCGGCUUAAGCAGAAUUCAACAUUUAAACAUGAAAUAGUAAAAUUUUGAAUUUAGAAACAUCCGCAGAUGUGUUCAUACGGCGGUUAUCAUGGAACCUUCAAUGUGACACUUCCGUGCCAUUCCAUGAAAAGCGGCGUAUGGUCCCCAAGUAAUAAAACGCGUGUGCCCUAAACGAGAAAACAAUGGGCGGAACUAAAUAAAAUGGAUUUUUGAAAGGGGAUCGGAGGUUAUGAAGCCUGCGUAUCACAGAUAAGACGUCAAAAGACAAAUUUAAAAAGCAGGCAACAUAUCCUAAGGGUGAUUCAACAUUAUUCAAGUAGGAAUAUUGGAACCACCCAACUAGAAAAUGCCGAAAAGUAGAAACUAAAAUACCACAAGCACAACAAUAAUGUCGUGCUGAACGAUCUUCAAGGAUCGAAAAUAUAACAUCAUUGAUUAAAUGUACGGGGAGACUUUUUACAGCCGCCACACGGCACAAAUAACACGGAUGUGUUAAAACAUUUUAAAGAUUGACACUCAGGAACAAAAUGGCGACAAUAUAAUAUACACUAUUAACUUUAAUAAGGACAUAUAUGUACUUCCGUUAUUAAUUUUUAUAUAACGGGACAGUCCUUUAAAUUAAAACAUUUAAUUAUCAUUAUUAUUAAAUAGAAAGUAUGCUAGUAAGUUUUUGCAGGAAGAUUAAUGGAUAAAAAAGUUAGUUAGAAUGUGGAAAUAUUUCACAGGUAAGUCAUUUUAUACUAAAUGUUUUAUAUUUAUUUGUCAUUAUUCAUGCAUAUGUAAGAACUGAAAUAGGUAAAUAACUGUACUUUCAACAACUUUAAGUGAAACAUCAAGUAUAUUAAACAAAUCAAAAACAUGUAUUUUAAUAUUUCCCAUGACUUUUUAUUAUUUAAUAAGACUUGAUGUUCAUGCCUUUUUAACAAAGACUUUAGACAGAUUAAUACAGAUUGAUACACAUUGUAUACGUGACAAGUAUUUAUGUAUUAAAUGGUACCACAACCUCUACCUUCUAGAUUGAUCCCCGGUAUACAUUUAUAUAGUUAAAUAUACAUUGCUUGGGUUUGGGUUGUGCAAAGAUGACUCUCCAUAGAUGUGCAAAAAUGAUAUUUUUUGGUAAAUUUUCUUCAUUCUCAAUACUUCCAAAAGUGUUAUGUAUCUAUUAUUUCUGGUAAGGUUUUUGUUGUUAUGUCAUACAAUUAAGGUACGUACAUGUAUUUGCAAUUUUAUGUUAAAGUCUACUUAGUCUCUACAUGUGAACCAAGCGUGUUCAAAUUGAUGAUUUUCGUUUCAUACUAAACAUUAUCUUAUGUGCAUAUACUAAGUUUAUACAAGCAUAACCCCGGAGUAAAAUAAGGCCAGGUCCCUUGGGGGAUGGGGUUAUUGGUCAUAGUGACUUCCAUACCUGCAACUGACUUUCCAUAGCACCCAGUGACUUCAAUAGCAACCAUUGAAUUCCCUUAUCAACAAUUGAUUUCUAUAGCAAUUAUUAACUUCCCAAAGAACCAGUGACUUCUAUUGCAUUAAUUGACUUUCCGUAGCAACCACUGACUUUCAAUUGUCACAAUUUUAUUUCAGAGCAGUUACUUGUUUUCAAAAUAACAAUGGAAUGUUUAUAAGAAAACAGAAACUCACAAAGCAACCCUUGACUUUCCAAAGUAACCCUUGACUUGACAAAAGCAACCAGUGAUUUCCCAAAGUAGCAUUUCACUCUCCAAAGUAACCCUUGACUUUUAAAAGCAAACAGUGAAUUGAAAAGCAUCUAUUUGAUUUCCUUAGCAACCUGUGUUUUUACAACCAUUGACUUUCUAUGAAAAACAGGGCAACAUUAUGUAAACGUAGGACUUUCCUAAGUUACAAUUUACUAUCAUAGCAACCAAUGACUUUCAUAGAAACUACUAACUUCCAUAGCAACCACUGAUUUUUCUAAGCAAUCCGUAAUCAUAUAACUAUACCUUGAACAGAAACCAGCUGUGACUUUCUUUUUGUGUUAUUUAGAGCGUUUAAAAUAAUUAUCAACUGAGUGAUGUAAGAGCAAUCAUGGACUUCAACUAUGUGUUGAUAUAAAAAUAAAAAUAUAAUGCUUUGCAAUACUAACUUCAUUAUUUAUAAAAUUUGCAUUUUUAUCGCUUCAGUGGCCUUGGAUCAAUAUUUCAAAUUCUUUAUGAUAGAGAACCUCUCGUGAUGUUCGACUUUAUGAUUUGUGUGGUGAUAGAUCAAUUUCAUUGAGAUAUGUUUUGAACAACUUUUUAAGGAAACAAAAAGUUCAUGUUUCUAGGUGUGAUCCAAAACUUUAAUGCUGCAUCAGAAGAAAAAAAGGACAUUUUUUGCAGAGCAAAAGAUUGUACGAGUAUCUUAUUACGCUGUCGUAUUAUUUACGAAACAUUGGUUGUUUUACAUAAAAUAACGUGGAUAUCUACUCGAAUCUAAAUCAUUUACAUGUACUUCAUCUUGCUGACAGAAGGUCCGUGGUUCUUUAUGGCUAUCAGCUCCUGCUUUAAUACAGUUAUUCAAUUAAAUAUGCUGACGGAAGCUCCUUGUUCUAUCCGGAUAACAGCUCAUGCCUUAUUACAGUUAUUCAAUUAAAUAUGCUUACGGAAGCUCCGUGUUCAAUCCGGAUAACAGCUCAUGCUUAAAUACAGUUAUUCAAUUAAAUAUGCUAACGGAAGCUCCGUAUUAUAUCCGGAGAACAGCUCAUGCCUUGAUACAGUUAUUCAAUUAAAUAUGCUAAAGGAAGCUCCGUGUUCUAUCCGGAUAACAGCUCAUGCCUUAAUACAGUUAUUUAAUUAAAUAUGCUAACGGAAGCUCCGUGUUCAAUCCGGAUAACAGCUUUUGCUAUGAUAAGUCAGUUGAAUUUCCCGACGGAAUAUCCAUGGUUCUACUCGCACAUCAGUUUGUCUCCAGGUGGCUGACGGAUGGUCCGUGGUACUCUCUGGAUAACAGCUCGUGCCUUAAUACAGUUAUUCAAUUAACUAUGCUAGCGGAAGGUCCGUCGUUUUACUCGGAUAUUAGUUCAUGCCUAAAUAAUUCAUUUAAGUUUGCAGACGAAAGAUCCGUGGUUUUACCAGAAUAUUAGAUUGUGCCUUAAUUAUUCAGAUAAGAUUGCCGACGAAAUGGCCGUGGUUAAAUUCGCACACCAGUUUGUCUCUAAAUAAUUCGUUUUAGUUGGCUUACGGAAUGUCAGUGGUUUUACUUGGAUGUCACAAGUACCUAAGUAAAUUUAAUUCAGUUUGCAGAAGGUAUGUUUAUUUGAUCCGGCAAGUCGCUCCUGUCAAAAUCUUACCACGUGAUAUCCAGUGUUAAUGUUUAUCUACAUAGUAAAAAACAGAACAUAAAACGUCGGUGUUACUUUGACAAUAAAUACUAGUGUUAGAAUAAUAUCCUGCUAUCUAUACUGCUACAAAAUGUAAUCUUAUUACUGAAUCAUUUAUCUUUUUCUUCAUCUCUUUCCAGAAAAUCAGCUUCAGUAAAACUGCAUUGACAAUGAUGACAACGCUUCUACGAUAAUUAAAUAUUCUAUAUUUUAAAAACUUGACACAGACAAAUGCACUUAAAGAAAAUUGCUCUAACAUAGUUUCGUAUAAUCUUCUGAUUCAUAGAUUAACCGGAAACAGACUAGCAAACUUUGCAUUGGUUAUACCAUUUACCUUUUUCUUCAAUGGGAAUUUACGUGUAAAAAGAUAUCACCACCAAGGCUGCUGUCAAAUAUAUUCUUAGUUCCUUCAAUAAAUGGUUUGUGAAUUAUAGUAAUACCGUAAAAAGUUUUUUUUAAAAAUCAGGGUGAAACCAUUUAUUGAUUUAAAAAAAUCUUAUUGAAUUUAUAUUAUUGUUUUAUCCAAUAUGGAUCAUAUAGUAUAGAGGGAUAAGCAACUACCUAGUGGAUAAACUGUUUUCUGUUGGUGUCCAAUUGACAGCCGAUUUUCGAUAGAGUUUAAAUCAUAUAUUUAUGCCGCAAUUGUAAAACAAUACAUUGACAAAAGUAUAGUAAAGUUCAUUAAGAUACUAAAGGACGAUUAAAUAUUUAACCAUUUGCUUUAUUCUUUUCUUUUUUACACUAAUUACAACGGAUAAAAAUAUACCCGUUUACAACUAUCAAAAAGACAAAAUGGCGACUGUUUGGUGGGUAAGAUAACGUACAUUGUAUUGAGUCUCAAGUUGCUUGUCCCAUUAUAUUUUGUCCUAGAUCAAAUGAAAACGGAUGUUACAUGUACAUAUGUACUGUAUUAUAAUAGUUAUUAUCAUUUUAUUGAAUUAGAUAUGCAUGUAUAAAUUUGUUUAGCAAUUUAAGAGUAAAAUGAUACAACAAGAACUAUACGACAAAAGACGAUUAAGAUUUUUGUUAAAUCUAACAAAGUAUAUACUUAAAGUCUAAGUCUUAUAGUUGCAUGUAUUGAAAUUUUGUAAUGUAGUUUGAUUUUGUUUUUCACUUUUUAAUUUCUGCACAAAAAAUUUCAAUUGUAACAUUAAGAAACUUUGAAAGGAUGCUUCCAAAGGAAAAUUUUAUAAAUUUGUACAUGUUAUAGUUUGCUUUUUGUGAUAUCUCAAAUGAUUUUUCAAAUUUAUAUAAUUGUACAUAAUAUAGAAAGAUUAUAGAUGUUUAUUAAUUGUAUUAUUAGUUAUAACGAUUUUGCCAUGUUUCACUCGAGUAGUGUCCCGGGUUAUGCAUUUACAACUUUUUUAUAUAGGACAUAUAACCUGUGAAAAAUCUUUAUAACUUAGUACAUUGUAUAUAACCCUUCAAAACCUCCUUAUGAGAUCCUUGCAUUUAAGGAAAUACAAAUCAUUAUUUUGUUCUGCUUAGUUGUGUUUAUCAGUAGAGGGUUUGUUUGUAUUCAUUAAAGGCCCAUUAAGCUCCAAAUAGCUAAUUUUUCAAGUAACAUUUCAUUUUAUGUCGUCAAUUUUGGCCAUUGUAAGUUUUAGAUCUACUAAUCUUUUUCUUCUUUCGCAAUUUGUUUAAUUAUAGUGAUUAAAUAUUUUGUAUGAAUGUCAUCAAAAUUAUAGUGUUCACAUGUUGCUACCUUUUAAUACAUAAUUGAACAUUUAACUUUUUAACAGGUUUCUAAUGUUGUUUAACAUCUAACAUAGACUAGAGCGCUACUCUUUAUCCAUUUCUACAUUUUAUUGAACACAUGUUUGACCUGUCUAACGAAUGAACAAAUACAUAAUUAUGUCUCCCCCACCUCGGGGGGAGACAUAUUGUUUUUGCCCUGUCCGUCCGUCAGUCCGUCCGUCCGUCAGUCCGUCAGUCCGUCCGUCCAUUCUUCGUUUCCGGACGAUAACUAGAGUUCCUUUUGACCUACAGCCCUCAAACUUCAUAGGAUGAUUGGUCUUAUAGAGCUGAUGAUCCCUAUUGUUUUUGGGGUCAGUAGGUCAAAGGUCAAGGUCACACUGACCGUUGGUCAAUUUCUCGUUUCCGGAUGAUAACUAGAGUUCCUUUAGACCUACAGACCUCAAACUUCAUAGGAUGAUUGGUCUUAUUGAGCAGAUGAUCCCUAUUGUUUUUGGGGUCAGUAGUUCAAAGGUCAAGGUCACAGUGACCGUUGGUCAAUUUCUCGUUUCCGGAUGAUAACUAGAGUUCCUUUUGACCUACAGCCCUCAAACUUCAUAGGAUGAUUGGUCUUAUAGAGCAGAUGAUCCCUAUUGUUUUUGGGGUCAGUAGGUCAAAGGUCAAGGUCACAGUGACCGUUGGUCAAUUUCUCAUUUCCGGAUGAUAACUAGAGUUCCUUUUGACCUACAACCCUCAAACUGGGGGGAGACAUAUUGUUUUUGCCCUGUCCGUCCGUCAGUCCGUCCGUCCGUCAGUCCGUCCGUCCAUUCUUCGUUUCCGGACGAUAACUAGAGUUCCUUUUGACCUACAGCUCUCAAACUUCAUAGGAUGAAUGGUCUUAUUGAGCAGAUGAGCCCUAUUGUUUUUGGGGUCAGUAGUUCAAAGGUCAAGGUCACAGUGACCGUUGGUCAAUUUCUCGUUUCCGGAUGAUAACUAGAGUUCCUUUUGACCUACAGCCCUCAAACUCUGUAUAUAAACCUCCGUCAUUGCCGAUUAACUUGUUCCUUCAAAAGCUUACCCUUGUCUUGGAAAAUUCACCAACAGAAAAUUGCAUAGUUCUAGGAGACUUCAACAUUGACCUCAUUCAAUAUUUAGAACAUCCAUUGACCCACACUAUGUUACGACAUCGCUUUAAACAAAUAAUAAACAAGGCUACUACAGCACACAACACACUUAUUGACCAUAUCUACCAGAGAGGCUUGAUUGUGAAAACGAGUGGAGUCAUCCCAACACACUACAGUUAUCAUGAUUUGACAUACAUUGAAAUUUGAGUUGUCUUUCAAUAGUGUAAAAAAUCUGACAAUAUGAACGUUUGUUUCAAGUAUCAUCAAAAUCCUUCAAAGGGUUGAAGAGUUAUGGAGCAGACACAAUUUCCUUUAAUUUCGUUUGUGAAACUAUAUAUGAUAUGACAUUCAAGUGUCAAGUAGACCUUGACCUUGGAACCAGCCAUACGAAACAUGUACUCUACACGUUCUCUGGAUGUGGUGAAUUUUUGUUUCAAGUAUCUACCAGAGAGGCUUCAUUGUGAAAACGAGUGGAGUCAUCCCAACACACUACAGUUAUCAUGAUUUUACAUACAUUGUAAUUUGAGUUGUCUUUCAAUAGUGUAAAAAAAUCUGACAAUAUGAACGUUUGUUUCAAGUAUCAUCAAAAUCCUUUAAAGGUUUGAAGAAUUAUGGAGCAGACACAAUUUCAUUUAAUUUCAUUUGUGAAACUAUAUAUGAUAUGACCAUCAAGUGCAAUUUCGUUUGACGCCCGCCUGCCAUACGCUGAUUGAAUAACCAGGAUUUUCAAAAUUGAAUACCUGGUUAAAAACAAACAGUUUAGGAAGCAUCUUCUCAUACAACCUAAACAAUAGAAACCAUCCAUAGACAGCCUUCAUUGAAGUGACUACCGGGUAUUUACAUUAUCUUAUCUCCAUUUCCAUUCCUGUUUCCAUUCACAGUUAUUCUCAGCAGUGGGGGAGACAUGCGCUUUUUUACAAAAGCAUCCUCUAGUUUUUAUUCCUGAUGCAUUAUGUGCCUUUAAGAUACAAAUUUGUACAUAAAACCAUUGUUUUCGAAAUCCAUGUUCUAGUCAGUUUUGAUGGUUUUUUUUAAAGGCCCAUAAGCCUUCAGAAUGCUAUCAUUUUUAUUUACAAAAACUUUAUUUUAGGCAUCUUUUAACAGUUUAGAACAAACAUACUCAUUUGCUAUAUAAGAAUUAUCUUUUGUAUCCUUAAUCUGUUGACAAUUGGAAUAAUGAUAGUGAAUAAGCCACACAUUUUUU